AUGUAUGGCGGGGCCUUGGUGUUCUACGAGCCGCUUGAGAAGGCCCUCAGAGUGCAGCUGGAAGGGAUGUACGAGGCUCACAACAAAGAGGUCAACGGUGGGGAGACCGUCACUGAGCUACCCGUUGAUCUAUACUUGCCCAAAUGCCUGACGCUCAUGACUCAUCUGCCGCUUAUUCUGACCCUGAAG